CACCUUUCAAAACCAGCAACAGCAUAUACUUUCCUAGAAACCCCACAAGCCCAGAAUAUUCUAUCUUAACAGCAUACAGCACGUAAAACUAGCGGCCACAAUAUCCCUCGUAUAGACAUCGUUUUCUCGUUCCAAGCUCGCACACUCCGCUAAGCGCUGGCUGGCGCAGUGCCCUUCCCUCAUCUCCUCCCUCGCCAACUCAUCUACCGUCUACCAUGGGCAAUAUCUGCGGGAAGACAGAGUCGGAUAACUUCUCACAACCUGGUCGCGUUGUCGGAUCUCGUCCGGCCCAGGCUUCGACUGCCCCGGUCCCCAAGACCGUCAAGGUAGGCGGGCCCGCGCGUACCCUGGGUGAGCGGUCCGUCACAGCAUCAGAACCUGGUGACGCGCGGAGGCGCGCAGCCGAAGCAGCAGAGGCUCGGGCACAGGCCGCAAACAAAAAGGGUGGGAAGCUCCAGCAGCAGCUUGCGGCACAAAAGAAGCAGACGAGGUCGGGCACUCUGAGAGAAGCCAGUAAGCAAGAGGUGCAGGCGCGAAGAGCAGAUGAAAAUGCUGCCGAUAUUAGAAACUGGGAUUAACUGAUACUGAGGACGGAUAUGGUACUAUAGAUGUUUCUGCAUUGAUGAGUGAGCGAAAUGAGAUAAAAUAGCUUGGAGGAGGCCCAGAGCUAUGCCCGUGACAAUUUAUAGAGAGCUCUACCAAAAUAUGUCUAAUACCAAAUAUUUUGAAAAUUAAUAAAAGUAAAAAGGAAAUUCUAUGCUCCAUAUUGCGCCAAAUAGCAAAAAUCAUAAAUCACGCCGUCUUAACAUCAUGAGCAUGGCUACUCAAAUCUCAGCCCAUUUCGGACAAUAGCCACUUCGCCCUGUUUUGGGAAAAACAAAGUCCCUUCAGAAUUGGAAACAGCAUUGGCACUGGUCGUGUUGAGCCAAUCCCUAGGAAUAUAAAAGUGUCUCUUGAACCCUUCGACGUCUUCUUGCCGCACCAUGACUCCCGUCGAGAGCCGGCGUUGUCUUCCAUUAAUAAGAGAAGAGAUGUUGUAGGAGCAUACCCAGCCAUCAAAUCCUAGGAAAAGCAGGUCAUUGCCUUUAACACCUAGUAAAAGUUUGAUCUUGCGACAAAUUUCAGGUGAUAUUUGCUGUGGCCGUUCAGCUGAUGUCGCCAUUUUUACCACGCUGAGUCUCAAGUUGCGGUAGUAUGCAGCCCAUCUGCCAUUAGCAUCUUCGACAGUGGCAACGACAAAAUGUUGACCGCCGGAUAUAAGAGCUGUCCAUAUUAUAUGCUGUUGAACCACAGUGUCCGUGAUGAUAAUGUCGGCUUUCGGUUCAGCUAGUCGCUCGAAGACGCUUUGGGGAUGAAGGCUAUUGGGCGUUGCCUCCACCUGCUCGUUUCCAUUUGCCCAGUCCACAAUCUCGGAAAUGCCAUUAACUCCUAAGCAGAAGAGAUUGUUGCUCUUUAAUGGCCCCGAUGCCCAGUACCAGUCUGUUUUCUCAUUGCGGCUUUUGGUCCAGAUCUUCUCCUUACUCUUCAUGUUCCAGACAUCAAUUUUAGUGCUGGCAAAGCUCAUCAUAAACUUCUCAUCCGGCGAAAAGAAUAACUGAGGCGAAGCAUACCCAAGGCGGAAAUCGAGGACGGGGAAGACUGCCCAUUUGCCAUCAUCUUUAAACUGCAAUCGUUUGAUAAUGACAUGUGAAGUGACAUCGCAUGAUGCCAUGUACUUUCCCGUCGGCGACCAAGACAGCGCCGUGAUCUUUUGCGAGCUUGGGUGGCUGUAAACUUUUCUCACUUUGGCUCCAUGGGCACUCUCAUGAAUAAUAACUGAUCCCCCAUUGUAUGCACAUGCAUAGACUGUGUCAUUUGGACCAACUGUAAUAGCUGUAAUUGUUGAAAUAGGUUGACCUUGCGUUGAUAUAACAGCUUCAGUGGUGGGCAGACUUCCAUUCAUACUCCCUGUAUCUUCCAAGUCCUGGUCGUCAGUUCGCACCAGGGCGUCUGGUUCCCAAAUAUUGCAACUAGACCCAUUUCUAAUAUCGUAGAAUCGUUGAUGAUCUGAGCUGAAUGUGAGUGCAUUUAUUAAAUCACCAUUCUUCUGCAGACUGUAGAUGAGCGACAACCGAGGGAGUGUCCAGAUACUUAUGGUGCCCUCGUUAUCCGAUGUCAAAAGCAGUGUGCCAUCGGCUGAAAUAGAUAGGUGCCGAGCUUUGACUUGAACGCAUUCCGACAAUUCGUCCUCGAAAAUUUUCCAUUCAAAGACGGACGUAUCUUGGCAUAUAAUGAAAACCUUGGAGGAGUCGGGACACCACACGAGCUUCUUGGUGCUCAUUAUCGAGCCCGACAUUGUAGUAGAACGGCAUUUCAAAGGAGUGCCACUAUUGCCACUGGUUAAAUCCCAAACUAGUGGUGGGCGUCCUCGCCAACCCAUGACUAUCUUAGUCCCAUCUGGGCUUAUUGCCUGGCAGAUAGGACAGUUUUGAUAUCCAGAGUCAAGCGAUGUAACGUCCAAGUCUUGACGCCAGCUCUGGCCACUUUCGAUGUCGAUAUGUUCAACUUUGAAGUUUUCAAAUGCAGCGAGCACUUCUUUUUCAUUGGGGGAUAUAAUCAAAUCGUGUACCCGUGAUCGAAUGGACUUGGCAACUUGGUGGAGGACACGGCCAGAUGCACCAUCCCAGAUAUGAAACUUGCCGAAACUUGCUGCUACAAGCUUUGUGCCAGAGUUUCCCACGAACAUGAUAUUAACCAGUUCCCCAUGAUCCAAGUCACGAACUUUCUCACAGGUAUCCGAGUUCCAGACAGUUAUAUUUUUGGAAAAGCCACCAAGCGUGAAAAAUAGACUGUCGUUUGCCACAACAUGCGCAACAUACUCGUCAUUUUCAAGCACAACACUGGCCAGGCAAUCAUCCCACGUCUCCAUAGCGAAGCCUCUUACUGUAAGUGCAUCUGCACUUUGCAGACUGAAUGCCCUGCCAAUCAUGGAACUCUUUGGGCACAUCGGAGGAAUAUUGCGAUACACUGAUGACGGACUAACAACAAGAUUGGCAGCAAACUUGCUGGCAAUGCGUAUAAAGUCGGUUGCCCAUACUUUGAUCCACCGUGUAUUACUCCAAGAAGUUUUGGAUGUCUUUUUCACGUAAGACUUCAAGUAUUUUGCGGACCGUAUGACAUGGCUCAUGUCCCCGGAAACAGCAAUUGCUUCGAGCCAUGAUAGAGAGUAAUUGAGCAUAAAUGUCUCGAGCAUUUCCAGUGAUGAGAAGUCAUCUAAAGGUGACUUAUUAAGAUGAUACGCCCAAUGCCAUGUUGCGUAUGGAAGCAAUGGAAACUCGGUCGACGCAGCUAGCAGCCUGUUCUUGGUAACUGUAUUCAACGCUAAAUCGCUGAUUGUCGAUAGCCCACCCAUGGUACUCAAUCUUCCACGCCAUCUGUCGUUACAUAGAUAUGAUAGACAAGUUUCGGUAAUUUCUUUAUGACCAUGCUUAGCGUCAAUACACAACGAUCCUAGCUGACGUGUGUCGGUUAAGAAUUCCUUUGCCGUAACAUGAAUCAAAACAGCACGAGGGCCAGCAUCGUCAGAUCGAUCGAUGGUGACGAAGUGGCCGCAUAUUUGGGUGAUCGUCAAAGCCAGGUUUGUAAAUGUUCCGUAUGAUGCCUUCAGAGCUUCUUGGAGCUCUGCAAUAUACAGCGGUCGCCAGCUACAGGCAACCCACAUCAAGAUCUUACGUGCGAUGUCUUGAUUCCGUAAUCCUUGUGCCUUAAUAAGAUCAACCAUGCGACUAUACAUAGCUGUCAUACCACUAGGGACCUCUGUCAAUGUGGAUAUUAUAUCCUCUCUGGUAUGCCAACUGUCCUGAAGCAUUUCAAGGGCAAGUUUCGCCCAUAGGAAUGAACCACCAGAUCUCUUCAUGAUUUCCCAUUGAACAAACUUUUGAGUCUCGAGGUCAUCAGGAAGAGUCUGUUGAACAGUUCUUGUGACAUAGUCGUCCAUAUCGCUAGCUGUAUCUUCUGGUUGAAGGAAAUAAGGAACGAUAGGCGAGAUUCCACCGAUGGGGACACCUUUGACUGGCCGACAGCUGGCAAAGAUUUUGAUGGGAGUACAAGACUCAACUUCGGAAAAUCUUUGUAGAAUGGGAAUAGUAGAAUCAGACUCAUCAAUACUAUCAAGAACCAAAUAAAUAGGAUUCUGGCCAUUGAUCUUGAAUAGUACUUGCUCGAAUAGAUGUUCCCAGAGAAACUGAAAGCUGUGAUCCUGGUUGAAUCGGACACCAGUUUUCUCAUGUAGCUCCAUAAUUGCAUGUUGGAAUUGUGGGUGUGAUAUUGCAAGUUGCGCUGCGAUUGAUCUCAAACAGAAACUACCAGUCUGCUUGAGCUGAUGCGUUUUAUUGAAGGCGUGAUGCUGAACCUCGGCGCCGAUUGAACGCAGGUGUCCAAUAACAGACUGACACAAAACACUUUUACCAGUUCCGGGAGGUCCAAUCAAGAGCAGAGUCUUCGAUUGUAUGCAACCUGGAUUCAGCUGAAACCACUCUUCAAACUGCUUUCUAGCAAUAAGCCACCGGCCAGCGUUGUGUGAGUUAUGCACCGUUUUUAACGGGGUUUCAAGACGAUCAUCAGCCAUAGUCUCUAAACCAAAGAUUCGUUUGACUUGGCCCAACCAGUUAUGAGGGUGGACUGUUUGAGGAUUUUGUGGUAUAUCGGGUGAAACUAUUUGC